UGGACGCGGGGCGGCCACGAGCCCUACAUUUGCAGAGGGAAGCCGUGCCCGCCCAGACGGAAGCCGUGCCCGCCGCAGGACCGCUUCCAGCACAGACGCGCAGCGGCCGGCGGCUGCGGGUGUAACAGAGCCCGCGCUCUGGCUCCGCUCCUGGAACCAGGCCCGCGCCUCCGUCCUCCCCGACCUCCUUCCACUCAGAGAAGCAGGUCAUCUGAGCUUCAGCAACCCCCACCCACAUAGAACUAAAUAUUUUUCUUUUGAAUGACAACAGAAGCGUGGCCUAGAUUAAUGGCUUAAUUGUCCCCAGUGCUAAAAGGCGACUCACCAGCCCUGGCUCGCCAAGGAGGGGGCUGCUCGGGGAAUGGGCUGGAAUGCGGAGAGGGGAGGGAGCAGUCACUGCCCCGGGGACACGGCCCCACGGCCCAGGGGCUCCCCCAUCAUCUCCCUCACCCGUGGCCACCGCCCGCAACCGGACCCGGGCGACGCCUUUGGGCAGCCCCGCCCGCCCGCUGGCUCGCUGGUCCCCAGCCCUCUCCUCCGCCCCGCCUGGCGCACUGCAGAGCUUGCGAACUUCCCUGGACCCUGCAGAGAGGAGGCCCUGUCGACGCCUCCCGACUCUGGCCCUCUGGUCCCGGCGGCUCCCGGCGGCUCCGGGCCCACCACCCGCAGGGCAGGCUCUCGCCCCGGUGCAGACGCCGCCAGCGCCGCAGGUGCCGCCCAGAGGCAGCGCGAGGCAGAUGCAGAUCUGUGGCUCCAGAGUGUAUCCUGAGAAGUAUCUCUAGGCUCUCGGCCCGAUGCCUUGGCAGCGCCUCGAUCUGAAGAUGUCACCCCGGGUGCUGUGGGGCAGCCUCAGCCUGCUCCGCCUGGUGUGGUGUGUCCUUCCACAGACAGGCUACGUGCACCCUGAUGAGUUCUUCCAGUCACCGGAGGUCAUGGCAGAGGACAUCCUGGGCGUCGAGGCCGCCCGGCCCUGGGAGUUUCACUCCAGCAGCGCCUGCCGCACGGUGGUCUUCCCGCUGCUGACCUCCGGCUUUGCCUUCUGGCUGCUCAAGAUCUGGAAAGAACUGGGCCCGUGGCCUGGCCUGGUAAGUGGCUAUGCGCUGCUGGUGGGGCCCCGGCUCCUCCUCACUGCCCUCUCCUUUGCCCUGGACAUGGCCAUCUACCACCUGGCCCCGCUGUGGAGGGCGGAGCGCUGGAACGCCCUGGUCUUGCUGUCGGGCUCCUAUGUCACCCUGGUCUUCUACACAAGGACCUUCUCCAAUGCCAUCGAGGGACUGCUCUUCGCCUGGCUGCUGGUACUGGUGUCGCCCCGUGUAGCUGGGAGCCCCGCGCCCGGGAAGCCUGCUCGAGGCUCGUGGUGGCACAGCUGGCUUCUCGGGACCAUCGUGGCUGCCGGCUUCUUCAACCGGCCCACCUUUCCGGCCUUCGCUCUGGUUCCCGUGUUCCUCUGGGGCAUCUGUGGAGCCACAAGCUCUGCCUUCAAGUCACUGACCAAGGCAGCCCUGGGGCUCCUCCCAGGAGCGGCCCUCACAGCAGCAGUGUUUGUGGCUGCGGACAGCUGGUAUUUCUCCAGCCCGUUUACUAAAAGACCCAAUACCCUUGUCCUGACACCUGCCAACUUCUUGCAGUACAACCUGGAUCCUCAAAACCUGGAGAGGCACGGCACGCAUUGGCGGCUCACGCACCUGGCUGUCAAUGGUUUCCUGCUCUUUGGGAUGCUGCAUGCCCAGGCCCUGCGGGCUGGGUGGCAACAGCUGCGAGUCUGCCGCCAGGUCUUGGUACAGAUGCGCUCCCUGAGGGUGUGGGAUGCCCGGAGACUGCUGCCCGGCCCCAGCUCUCACCUCCUGCUCCUCUACUUCACGCCCCUAGCACUGCUGUCUGCUUUUAGCCACCAGGAGGCUCGCUUCCUGAUCCCCCUUCUGGUCCCCCUGGUCCUGCUUUGUAGUCCACAGACUCAACCUGUGCCCUGCAAGGGCACCCUAGUCCUCUUCAAUGCCCUGGGCGCCCUCUUCUUCGGCUGCCUGCACCAGGGGGGCGUCGUGCCCGGCCUGGAGCACCUGGAGCGGGUGGUUCAUGCGCCUGAGCUCCCAAACGUACCUACCCACUACACACUCCUCUUCACCCACACCUACAUGCCCCCGCGGCACCUCCUCCACCUCCCAGCGCCGGGGUCACUCGUGGAGGUGAUGGAAAUGGGUGGGUCUGAGGAUCCGGUCCUGUGCCAAACCCUGAACAACUUCACCAGACAACCGGCCUGCCAGGUGGCCGGUGGGCCAUGGCUCUGCCGCCUUUUUGUGGUGACGCCCGGCACCACCAGGCCUGCCACGGAGAAGUGCAGCUUUCCCCUCAAGAGUGAGACCCUUGUGUUUCCCCACUUGACCCUCGAGGACCCACCAGCCAUGUCCUCCCUGCUGAGUGGGGCUUGGAGGGACCAUCUCAGCCUUCACAUCCUAGAGCUGGGGGAGAAGCCCGACAACACGACAGAGAACUCGAGGCGGUAGAUGACGGCCCCACUCCACCUUCUCUUGGGGAAGCUGGGCUGGGACAGAGUCUGACUCUCUUCCGUUCCCUUCCCGUCCAGAAUUCCCACCCCUGCCUCUCCUGUCCACAGCCCUUGCUUUACUUUCUGGGUAAUCUGGCACCCUUCUCCCCUCAAAGACCAAAGAUCUGACCAGUCACAGUCCUGAUGCCAAGGCCCUGAUGCCCCCAAAGGACCUGGUAUAACCAGUCGGUCCCUAAUGUUGGUCCCUGCCCUAUUCCUUCCAGAAACUGUGAUGCUUUAAAUAUAUAAUAGCACCUUG